AGGCGGGCAUUGCAGGGACGGAUUCUGGGAACCUUAUCUCCCUUUUUUUCAAUGGGAAGUAGUGGAUGAGUGAGGGAACCUCUCUAAUUUCUAUUUUUACAUGGUGGGGGAAGGGGAAGGGGGGAUUUAAUUGCACUAGCCUGAAAUUCUUCCCCCCUACACAAUCUGCCCUUUUGCAGAUUGCAAGGAGAAGAGAUGCAGGGGUAAGGGAAGGGGAAGAAGAAAGAAGGGAGAGAGUGAAGGCUGGAAGCAGGAGAGGGCAAGAGCUGGAAUCCUGGCUUGCAGAUCCGCUCUGCCCGGGUUUGCUGCGUCUCUCUUCCCCCACCCCCGGCCCCUCCGACAUCUGAUCGCGCCCUCCCUGUGCUGCCGUUGGCUGUCACCGCGUCUCCCGAGCCUUCCAAUGGUCUAACCGGGGCAAGAUGAUGUGCGAAGUGAUGCCGACCAUUAACGAGGACAACCGACGGGGCUCUCAGUAUGGCCCGGAUGACGCCAACUUUGAGCAGCUCAUGGUGAACAUGCUGAACGAGCGCGAGCGGCUCCUGGAGAGCCUGCGCGAGGCGCAGGAGAGCUUGGCCGGUGCCCAGUUGCGCCUGCGGGAACUCGGGCAUGAGAAGGAGUCGUUGCAGCGACAGCUCAGCAUCGCACUGCCUCAGGAAUUUGCGGUACUGACAAAGGAGCUGAAUCUGUGCCGGGAGCAGUUGCUGGAGCGGGAGGAAGAGAUCGCGGAGCUGAAAGCUGAGAGGAACAACACACGGCUGCUGUUGGAACAUUUGGAGUGCCUGGUGUCGCGUCACGAGCGUUCCCUCAGGAUGACAGUGGUGAAACGUCAAGCCCAGUCUCCUGCUGGCGUCUCUAGUGAGGUCGAGGUGCUGAAGGCCUUGAAAUCACUCUUCGAACACCACAAAGCUUUAGAUGAAAAGGUGCGGGAGAGGUUGCGAGUUGCUUUGGAGAGAGUCUCGAUACUGGAAGAAGAGCUGGAAACGACAGCCCAGGACAGGCUGACCAAUGGCACAGCGCUGACUGGCAACGGGGACUCAGAGCUGAUCGAGCGGCAGAGCGCCGAGCUUCUCCAGAUGAAGGAGCGCUUGGCCAUGCUGUGCCGCAAGGUGGCGGAGGUGGAGGAGGAGCUGAGCACGGCGCACAAGGACCUCACCAAAUCUGAGGAGGUGAACGCCAAGCUCCAGCGGGAUUUGAAAGAGGCUUUAGCACAAAGGGAAGACAUGGAAGAGAGAAUCACGACACUGGAGAAACGCUACCUCAGCGCCCAGCGAGAAGCUACGUCGCUUCAUGAUGCGAAUGAUAAACUGGAGAAUGAGUUGGCAAGUAAGGAGUCCCUCCUCAAGCAGAGUGAGGAGAAGAGCCGGCAGCUCCAGGAAUGGCUGGACUCCUCCAAACAGAAGCUGCAGCAGACCAUGAGGAAGGCCGAGACUCUGCCAGAGGUGGAGGCCGAGCUGGCCCAGCGAGUGGCUGCUCUGAACAAGGCAGAAGAGAGGCACGGGAAUAUCGAGGAACGGCUGUGCCAACUGGAGACAGAGCUGGAAGAGAAAAACCAGGAACUGCAAAGGGCCCGGCAGCGGGAGAAGAUGAACGAUGAACAUAAUAAGCGCCUAUCGGAGACUGUCGACAGGCUCCUCUCUGAAUCCAAUGAGCGGCUACAGCUCCACCUGAAGGAGAGGAUGGCAGCCCUGGAGGAGAAGAACGCACUAAGUCAGGAGCUCUCUAACAUCAAAAAGGUGCAGGAGGAAGUGCUACUCAACAAGGAGCAGUUGAUGGCCGAAGUGGAGAGGAUGCAGACGGAACUGGAGCAGUUGAGAGCAAAGACGGGCAUUCGGGAUGCUUACUCGAGGUCACUGCCAGGGAGUGCUUCAGAGCUCAGAUACUCUCACAGUUCCGGCAUUCCUGUGGGCAGCCACAUGGACAUCUAUAGCACCACAGGGGUCCUUCGAAGACCCCACAAAGGACGGUGGGCAGCGCUGAAGGAUGACCCAUCGAAGCAGGUACAGACAUUGAACGAACAGGAGUGGGAACGUGCCCAACAGGCAAAUGUGCUGGCCAAUGUCGCCCAAGCAUUCGAGAGCGACGUGGAUGGCUCGGACAUGGAGGAUGACGACCGCGAGACGAUGUUCAGCUCGGCCGAUGUCCUUUCACCAAGUGGCCAGACUGAUGUCCAGACCCUCGCUCUGAUGCUUCAGGAGCAGUUAGAGGCCAUCAAUAAGGAAAUCAGGAUGAUUCAGGAGGAGAAGGAGACGACUGAACUGAGAGCGGAGGAGAUUGAGAGCCGAGUGGGCAGCGGCACACUGGAGGGGCCGCAGUCGGGUCGGUAUCGCUCGGCCCCCACUAUCCCGCACUCCGUCACUGCAUCGACCCUCGCCAGCCCCUCGCCCCCGAACAGCGGGCACUCCACCCCAAGGCUGACGCCGCACAGUCCCGCCCGAGACUCUGAUCGGCUCAGUGUGGGCAAUGCUAACUCCCUGAGCCGGGAGGAUUCCCGAGAGGACAAGCCCACCAUCCAGUGCGAGACGUCCCCCCCUCUGACCCCCCGGGCUGUCCGGUUGGAGCGGGUCAGCCAGGCCCUGCAGGCCAGCGCUCUGGAAGACAGUCGGGAGGUCCGCAAUUUGUCAGGCCUGCAGGAUGGUCUUGGGAACAGCAGUAGUAACAGCAGCCAAGACUCCCUCAACAAAGUUCCCAAGAAGAAGAGCAUCAAGUCAUCCAUUGGCCGACUGUUUGGCAAAAAAGAGAAAGGACGAAUUGGGCACGGUGUCCGGGAGCCUUCCUCACAAGCCGGAACGCCAGACACAGAGACAUCCUCUCAGGACCCCCUAGGACUGUCAAAAUUGGGUGGUCCAGUGGACAAGGACCGACGAAAUAAGAAAAAGCAUGAACUAUUGGAGGAGGCGUGUCGUCAGGGUCUUCCAUUUGCUUCUUGGGAUGGUCCCACUGUCGUAGCAUGGCUAGAGCUGUGGGUCGGGAUGCCCGCGUGGUAUGUGGCAGCUUGUCGCGCCAAUGUGAAGAGUGGAGCCAUCAUGUCAGCUUUGUCCGACACUGAGAUCCAACGUGAGAUCGGAAUCAGCAACCCCCUGCACCGAUUGAAGCUGCGUUUGGCCAUCCAGGAGAUGGUGUCACUAACCAGCCCAUCGGCACCCACCAUCUCUCGAAUGAACACGGGCAACGUGUGGGUAACACAUGAGGAGAUGGAAACCCUGACAACGUCGACAAAGACGGAGGCUAAAGAGAUCAGCUGGGACCAGAUCUUGGCGUAUGGCGACAUGAACCACGAGUGGGUGGGCAAUGAUUGGCUGCCCAGUCUUGGACUUCCGCAGUAUCGGAGUUACUUCAUGGAAUCACUGGUCGAUGCCCGCAUGUUGGACCAUCUGACCAAGAAGGAACUUCGAGGCCAGCUGAAGAUGGUCGACAGUUUUCACAGAAUCAGUCUCCACUACGGCAUCAUGUGUCUGAAACGGCUGAACUACAACAAGAAGGAACUGGAGAGCAAGCGGGAGGGGAGUCUCAUUCAGCUGAAAGACGUGAUGGUGUGGACAAAUGAUCGGAUGAUGGGCUGGGUACAGGACAUUGGGCUGAAGGAGUACAGCAGUAACCUCCAGGAGAGUGGGGUUCACGGGGCACUCAUCGCACUGGAUGACACCUUCGAUCACAACGACGUUGCCCUACUCCUGCAGAUCCCGAUGCAGAACACGCAGGCACGUCAGAUACUGGAAAAUGAAUUCAAAAACCUGCUGCUUCAAGGAACUGAUCGACGCCAUGAGGAGGACAACACCAAGAACUUCAGUCGGGCGCCCUCGUGGCGCAAGCGGUUUCGGGCAAAGGAGAUGCGAGACAUGACCUCGGACACAUCGGAAACGCUGCCGGCCAACUUCCGAGUGACCGCGGCCGCCAUCGCAUCGCAGAGCGUGCAGCUACGGAAGGUGCAGCCAGAUAGUAACCCCUCAGGGACACCGCGAGCUGACACACCAUCAAUACGGACGUACUCGUGCUAGCAUCACUCAGCGAAUCUCGAGGGGAUUGUGAUGAGUCGCUGUCAUGCAGUUAAUUGUGGCUGGAAGAAUUGAAGAACCAGCUUCAAGAACUAUCACAGAACUGACCCGACUGUUAAAAGGGGCAAGAGAACCCCCACCCCUGCCACCACCAUCUCCCCUCGCCCCUAUCCCCAGUGUUGCUCCCGAGAAGAGUGGGCGACAGGGUGGAGAGGUUGUUCCAUUCCUUUGGUGACUCUGUUUUCAUUUUCUGGCACUCCGUGGGUCCCACAUCUAAGGUCAAUCACCCACCAUCCCUCCCCCCAAACUCUACUC